UCCUGCAACCUUUACCUCCCUCUCUCUCUCGCUGUGUAGCAAUGGAGGCUCUCUCUUCCACUGGCAUUCUCCAUCAGCAGUUCCUUUCCAUCUACCACGAAAAUGGCGUUCCUCGCCGCUGUUUUCCUUCGAACAUCUCCCUCCUCACGUCGAAAGACGCCAUUUUUGGCGCCACCCACGUUGAGAAACGCCGGUUUUUGGCGCCAGCCGUCGUCAAAGAGACGGAGCUCUCUCCAGUUGCCGUAUCACCGGCACCUCUUACUCAGGAAAAGCCUCUUGUAACUUCCAGUCCCUUAAAGAAGGUGUCUUCUGAGUCGUUGCAGUAUUCCAGUGGGUACUUGGGCGGGAUUUCAGAGAGAACUAAGGCCGUGGAGGAGGAGGAAAGUGCGCCAAGCGCCAUGGCCUACCUGACCAGCAUACUUUCCUCCAGGGUCUACGAUGUCGCCAUUGAAACUCCAUUGCAGUACGCGACGAAGCUUUCCGAGCGCACCGGCGUCCACAUCUGGCUCAAGAGGGAGGACCUGCAGCCUGUCUUCUCUUUUAAACUUCGUGGAGCCUAUAACAUGAUGGCCGGGCUUUCAAGAGAACAGCUGGACAGAGGAGUUAUCUGCUCAUCUGCUGGAAACCAUGCCCAAGGUGUUGCCUUGGCUGCACAGAGAUUGAAUUGUCAUGCAGUGAUUGUUAUGCCCGUAACAACACCAGAAAUCAAGUGGAAGUCAGUGAAACGUUUAGGUGCAACUGUGGUUCUUUUUGGGGAUUCAUAUGAUGAAGCACAAGCAUAUGCUAAGCAGAGGUGUGAGCAGGAAGGGCGGACAUUCAUACAUCCAUUCGAUCAUCCAGAUGUCAUAGUGGGGCAAGGGACUAUUGGAAUGGAAAUUGUUCGACAAGCAAAGGGCCCAUUACAUGCAAUUUUUGUUCCUGUUGGUGGUGGUGGACUGAUAGCUGGGAUUGCUGCUUAUAUCAAGCAUGUCAGACCAGAGGUAAAAAUAAUUGGUGUUGAACCUUCUGAUGCAAAUGCAAUGGCGUUAUCCUUACAUCACGGUCAAAGGGUUAUAUUGGAGAAUGUUGGAGGUUUUGCAGAUGGUGUGGCAGUUAAAAUGGUUGGAGAGGCGACCUUUCGAUUAUGCAGGGAGUUGGUGGAUGGAGUGGUUCUUGUUAAUCGUGAUGCCAUAUGUGCAUCUAUCAAGGACGUGUUUGAAGAGAAGAGGAGCAUUCUGGAACCUGCAGGUGCUCUUGCCUUGGCUGGAGCAGAAGCAUACUGCAAGUACUAUGGGCUAAAAGGUGAAUCUGUGGUCGCCAUAACCAGUGGAGCAAACAUGAACUUUGAUAGGCUAAGGCUUGUGACUGAGCUUGCUGACGUUGGUCGGAAAAAAGAAGCUGUCCUGGCUACCUUCAUGCCUGAGGAAAAAGGAAGCUUUAAAAGAUUCUGUGACCUGAUUGGCCCAAUAAAUAUAACCGAGUUCAAAUACAGAUAUGAUAACACUAGAGAGGAAGCGCUGGUCUUGUACAGUGUUGGUGUUCAUGAAGUUUGUGAGCUUGAAGCAAUGGUUGAACGCUUGGAAUCUUCUCAGCUACGAACUAUUGAUCUUACGGACAAUGACUUAGCUAAAGAUCACCUACGCCAUCUUAUGGGAGGUCGGUCAAAUGUGACAAACGAGAUUCUUUGUAGAUUUCUGUUUCCUGAGCGUCCUGGUGCUCUGAUAAAAUUCUUGAACACGUUCAGCCCACAGUGGAAUAUCAGUUUAUUCCAUUAUCGAGCACAGGGUGAAAUGGGUGCAAAUGUAUUAGUGGGCAUCCAAAUUCCAGGUCCGGACAUGGACGAAUUCAGGGAUCGUGCUAAUGACCUCGGAUAUGAGUAUGCUGUUGAGCUGACAAAUGAUGCUUACAGGCUCUUGAUGCAGUGAGCUGAAAAUAUGGCUUCCUUUGUUUUUCCUUUCCAUCUUAAGCAGCAAGCUUUUAGCCUUGCCUGUUGUUUGCCUCUGAUUGUAAUAAUCUAGUGUUGGAGGUAAAAGAAAUUGGUGCCUGAUCUGGAAACUAGUCUUAGGUUUUGUGUGGAGGCCCAUAGGCUUUAAUAAUAAUAAUAAUAAUAAUCUAAUUUUGGAA